GCUGUUCCUGAUUGUUGCUACAGAACACAAAUCUCUGACUGCAAGAGAACGAAAGGAGCAGGAGGAGAGAACACUCCCCGAGGGCAGCUUUAUUUUGACUCCAGGCUCGUCUUCCUGAGACAAUCAGUAUGGUUAUCGGUGCCUCAGGAGCCCUCCUGACUUAUUCCCAGGGCUGAGGGCCGCAAGAAGUAUGAAGGAAAAGAACCAACAAAGUCACGGGUUGCUGGAGGUCUCCAGUCCUGAGAUCGAUCAGAAAUUCGAUUUAAGCAGUCCAGCGCAGAAACUUCCAGCAGCGCAGGUGUUAGACAACAGAAAGGUCGUGAAGAGAGUAAGGUUUAAGGAUAUCCAGGAGUGUGAAGGGGCAAUUAUAAAUGACUCGAUCAUGGACAAAACAAACAGAAAUACAGUUAGCCAAACAACAAAAUCACAGAAAAUCAUUCAGAACACACCUCUGGACCUUAUUGACACAGGCAAGGGGCUGAAGGUACAGACGGACAAACCUCACCUGGUCAGCCUGGGCAGCGGACGCCUCAGUAUCGCUGUCACGUUGCUUCCUCUUGAAGAAGGGAGGACCACAUUUGGCAGCUCUGAUUACCCCCCACAGGACAUUAGUAUCCAGGGACCUGGCAUUGCUGCCCAGCAUUGCUGCAUCGAAAACCGAAAUGGAGUAAUAACACUUUAUCCAUGUGGGAACCUGUGUAUGGUGGAUGGAGUUCAGGUGACGCAACCGAAACGUCUGUCCCAAGGGUGUAUGCUAUGCUUUGGCCAGUCAACAUUCUUCCGUUUUAAUCAUCCAGCCGAGGCAUCCAGAAUGAAGAGCAUGAUGUCUGGGAACCGAAACGCUCCAGUGUCCUACUGCCAUUCACCAGAUUCCGCUAGUCUGGUAAAUGGGAACCAUCAGGCUCCACAUAAUGAAGGUUCAAGUAAUCAAAUUGGAGCCCAAGUCACUCAUAGUUCGCUGGUCAGCUCCAUAGAGAAGGAUCUACAAGAUAUUAUGGACUCUUUGGUGAUGGACGAUGCCCCAUCCUCCGGUAAAAAGCAGACUGUUAAUGCCCAGUCCCCUUUGUCUCCCAUGGUCAAUGGAGGUGGCAGGUACUUCCUAUCACCGCCCCUGAGCCCUGGUGCCAUGUCAGUGGGUUCAAGUUAUGACAACAUGUCCCCACCAUUCUCACCCCUGUCAUCUCCGUCUGCGACUAGCAGCAGCAGCUACACCAGCCCCUCUCCAGGCUGCCAGGAGCAGGGACCUCUGGUGCCUCCUACUGUUCCUGUCAGAUCGUCAAGUUAUAACCACACUGUGCAGCCCCCAGGCCCCAGGCCUGGGCCUAACUACAGUGCAGCAGCUACAGACCCGAACAAGUGUAACGGCCUCAGUCCAGGGCCCCAGCGAGUGCCAGGCAGUCCACAUUCUCACAGGAAAGGAGCCAAAGUCCAGGAAACACCACCAAGUCCAACAGUCAACAGGAGAGCCUUCCCACUGGAUGGUUUCCCCUCAGUUGUGCUUUCUGAUGCCAGGAAAGUGCCGGAAAGCCCAAAGCUUUCCCAGUCAAGUCACAAUGUUCCAUCAGUAUCUGUAAGCCCCAGCGGUGGGGGUUCCAGGGUUCCAGUUCUGACAGUUCCUGGCAGUCCUAGAUUUGGAACCAAGUCCCACCCAACUCCUAGCCCUAGGACCAAAGUGGGUGGCUCCCUUCAAGAACGGCCACCGAGCCCUUUCCGAGAAGCUAAAGAGACUCCCAUCGACCGAGCCACCACUUCGAGUCCAUCAAAGCAGUUGUCCCCACGGGGUUUCCAGCUGGUGGAGAAUGUGGGAUUCGUCCACGUCAACCAACCUGUCCCAUUACAUCCCAGAAGCCUUCAGCCCUCCGAGAGUCCCAGACUGGGCCGAAGGAGCCUGGAAAGUAUGAGAGAGUUGCCCCCGUUGAGUCCUUCCAUGUCCAGGAAGGUUGCUCCACAUUCUCCGUUCUCCAAUCCACCAACCUCACCCCACCCAAGGACCUGCCGAGAAGCAGCUCGUCACGAGGCGCCUCCUAUCCAGGGGAAAGUCAUCAAGGAGACGCCAGAAAGCCCUCGCUUUAGACGUAAACAUUCAUCAGGUUCAUCCGAGAGGAAUGAGGAUUUCUCAUCCCACAGCGUGCCAGGGUUAAGCUUGAUGACCAGUGGGAGGAGAGUCCGAGAUCGCAGUCCUUCCCCGACCCUGAUGUGCGCUGACCUCCCCAAGAAAGCCUAUGGGAGCAGCCUGACCCCGACGCACAGUCUCACCUCUCUGGCUGUGUCGACACCUCUACAAAGCCCAAGGCUGCAGAGGAAGGCGCCUGGGGAUGAGAGGCCCUCGGUGACACGGCAGCGAAAGAACAGUAUUUCUGAAAUCAGCGACAAUGAGGAUGAACUGCUGGAUUACCACCGACGACAGAGGGAGGAGCGAAUCCGCGAGCAGGAAAUGCAAAUGCUGGAGCGACAGCGUCUUGAAACCAUCCUGAACCUGUGUGCGGAGUACUCAAAGACUGACGACCCAAGUGCCCCCGACAUGGGGAGGAUUACCACGCACAGUGAGCAGCUCCACAUUGAUGAGGGAUUCUACCCCAGUAUAGCUGGGCCUGGCCCCACCGCUGCCAGCAGCAGCAUCUCGAUGGAGCGCAGCGGCGCGGGCAAAGGGAUCAGGGACCAACUGGCUGAGCCCGGCCCUCAGAAAGCACGAGAGGCUCUGGAGAAGUCGGAAGAGGACAACUUGAAGGAAGAGUGUAGCAGCACCGAGAGCACACAUCAUGAGCAGCAUGAAGAUUCUGCAGGCAGUCACUCAGUCCCGCAGGCUGCGUACCUGGAGGAGGAGAGGCUCAGAAUCCUUGCAUCCGUCGAUGAACUCAAGCAGAGAGUUAAAGAACUUGACCAACAACUUGAGGAGUCCAAUCAUGAGGCGGAGAUGGAGCGAGCUCUGCUUCAGGGAGAGCGGGAGUCGGAAAUUGCUCAAAUCCGGCAGGAACAGCAGAUCAUUGUGCAGUUGGAGGAGAAACUUUCCGAGCUGGAGAGCAACAUCCAGAGAGAAAAGGAGAAGGAAAGGGUAAAGCUUGAUGCUGAGGAAAGAGAAGUGCAGAGACUACAGUCGCAUUGCCAUGAGUUGAAGAGCCAGCUUGAUAACUGCCCUGAAUCAAUGAGGGAGCAGUUACAGGACCACCUCAAAAGGGAAGUGGAAACUCUUGAAUCUGAAGCCAAACUCUUUGAAGACUUGGAGUUUCAGCAGCUGGAGAAAGAGAGUCGCCUAGAAGAGGAACGGGAGACCGUGAGCCAGCAGCUUCAGCAGGACAAGGCUGAAUACCAGCGCAGCACCAUGCGGAGAAAGGACAAGGUCUCUGCUUUAGAGAAUCAAGCCAAUCAGAUUCGCUAUCAGGCUCUUCAGGAGUGUGAGAGAUUGACCAGAGAGAAAAAUGCUAUGAUGCAGUUGCUUCAGAAGGAAAAAGACAAACUGGCCAAUCUGGAAAAGCAGUAUUUUAUGGUGACUGGGGGAAAAACCUUUUCCAAAGGCUCGACAGCAUUAAAGGAGGAAAUGCUUCACAUCACAGAGCCUAACGACAUAUUAGAGGAGUCUAACCCCCAGCAUUGCCUCCCAGGAAAGGCAGCUUCUCUAUUCCCCUCUCCUUCCAUCCCAGCGUACCCCAAGAUACAGGAGGACUAUAUGAAGCUGGCUGAUGUGUUUAAGCUCUACAGUGACAUUUACAGCACAAGGCCUGAUGCUGCUGUCUGUGCUUCUGCUGUGCGUUCCCUGCCGCUUCCUGUACCUCUGCCACCUAACGAGGAGUACAUUACCAUAGAUCAGCUUAAGGAAUUGUACGGUACUUCAGCUGGGAGCUCUGUUCUAAUUCCAUUCCACACUAAUCCAGCAACCUCUCCUCUGACUCUGUGCACUGAGGGCUCUCUGUCUUUGCCACCUUCUGCCUCUACAUUGUUUGCAGCUGAGCAGCAGCCUACCAGCAGGCUGCUGACCUCUACUCUGGAGCUAGAGCGAUGGUACCAAGAAAUAAUGGCUAACUUUGAGGCCUCACCUUCUCCACCUCCAAUUUCCUCUCCUUCUCCUCCUCCUCUUCCAGCUAAAGCUCAUUCCUCACGAAGAUACACCCAGGUCUACCGAUCCAAGAUGGAGAACGACGGAUCUGGCACACUGCCUCGGACAAAGAUGGGAUCUUCCCCCUCCUCACCGUUCACCGCUUCAACUCUUGGCCGAAACCUGACAUCAAAGACCCCCGUGGUGGCACAGAAUGGCACGAGUAGUUUGCCACGAAACCUGGCUGCUACUUUGCAAGACAUCGAAGUGAAGAGACAGUUGGCACUGCAGCAGAAAGAAUCACUAGGGAUAUCCAAAACAGAUCACAGGAGAGGUCACCAGGUGAUUGAAGAACAAAGGAGGCGACUGGCUGAGCUGAAGCAGAAGGCUGCAGUCGAGGCCCAAUCACAGUGGGAGGCCUUGCACGGUCAACCAUCACCAGUGUUUGGCCAGUCCUACUCCAUGAGUGGACAACCCCAAUCUCACCUCAUCCACCACAGUAUCCUCCACCACCAGCCGCAGCCUCUCUCCACUCAACAUGGCAUCGACCUGGAGCACGCCUUCGACACACUCAGUCUAGAAAGUUCCGACAGCUUGGAGACCAGUGUUUCCACGGGCAACUCGGCCUGUUCACCCGACAACAUGUCCAGUGCCAGUGGGGUGGAUGUCUCAAAGAUCGAGGAGAUGGAGAAGAUGCUGAAGGAGGCACAAGCUGAAAAGGCGCGACUCUUGGAGACACGGGCUCGUGAGAUGGAAAUGCGCCGCCAGGCCUUUGAGGAAGAACGCAAGAGGCGGGAGGAGCUGGAGAAAAGGCUCCAGGAUGAAACUGACCACCGGCAGCAGCUCAUUGACAAAGAGGUUAAGAUGCGGGAGAAACAUUUUUCACAGGCACGACCCUUAACUCGGUAUCUACCAAUCAGGAAGGAGGAUUUUGACCUGCGAUCUCAUAUUGAAUCAUCAGGCCACAACCUGGAGAUCUGUUACCAAGUGGCUAUCUCCGAGAAGAUGUGCAAGGGCUACCUCACAAAAAUGGGCGGAAAAAUCAAAUCUUGGAGAAAGCGAUGGUUUGUCUUUGAUCGCAUCAAACGGACAUUGUCUUAUUAUGUCGAUAAACACGAAAGUAAGUUGAAGGGAGUGAUUUAUUUUCAAGCCAUCGAGGAGGUUUACUAUGACCAUCUCAGGAGUGCCUCAAAGAAGGGAUAUUUGAAUCUGCAUAGAAUCAAUAGUCCCAACCCAAGCCUCACGUUCUGUGUGAAGACACAUGACCGACUGUAUUUUAUGGUGGCCCCCACCCCAGAAGCCAUGCGGAUUUGGAUGGAUGUGAUUGUCACGGGAGCUGAGGGCUACACGCAGUUCAUGAGCUGAGGAACAGACAGGACUGGGUUCUUGGGUGGAGUGAGUUAGCAUUGAGCCAUGGCCUUUGAAAGACUGACAUGCUCUGACCCCAGCAGCAAAAGUUAUGCUGCCUGUCUUCACUCACUGAUUGUCUCUCCAUCUACCCCUUUCUCUCUCUCUCUCGCUCGCUCUCCGUCUCGUGUCCUCGCUGUUUGAACAACAGUAAACUGGUCCUGUGUCCCCACAAGGAACCAGCCAAUCAUUUCCAAAAACACUUUUGCUGGAAUUAAAACCAACUCCAUUGCAGGCAAGAGAGAAAGCUUAGCCUGCAAACAAUAAAGAGGGAGUGAACCUAUGCAAAGUCACCCGUGCAGUUGUAAUUUUCCAAACAGAUGAUGGACAGAGGCAAAAGGAUUCUUACAAAAUGAAAUGGAAAGAAGCAAACACAAAAAUAAAACUGAACAACCAGCAGAAAACCAGAGGCAGACUGUAAAACAGGAAAAACCUCAUCCGCAGACUUCUUUGUGAAUCUGCAAACGGGGGUCGAUUUGGACUCUGCCAAGAUCUGGCACAGGCUACCCACCUUUGAUCCGUGAAGAACCCUAUGCAGAAACAUUCAGUGUCCUGUGUUGGGUGAUGCCUCACAAAACAUGUGCAAGUGGAAUCGUCCUCUUUGCAUAGACACAUGUGGACUGACCAUGGUCAUACUUUACACUCUAACACAAUCAACUGAACAAGCUGGAUGAAGUCUGUAGAUGAGGAGGGAGGAAGAUUACAGACACUCCCUGAUGUGCCUUUCAAACUCUGGUGCAGGGAUUUCACAUACUCAGACUAUGGAGAUGUUUUUGGCAUUUAGCAGCAUUUCUUGGGUGCGAGAUCAGGGAUUGAAAUUGAAUAUUGAAAUUGGUUCCCUUUGAUCGAAUUUUGAUUUUAUUGUAGAAUUUUCUCAGUUCAAUGUUUGCAACAGCUCAUCUCCCCAGCGCAGAAGAACUUACCUCAACACCUCGAGUUAUUUUGCAGGAGGAGAAUAGAAUUAUGUUUCUCUGUGGAUUUUUUUUGUUAAUAAGUAUCGAGAAUCCUCUUAAGCUUCUGUCUCCUGUAUCGUGCCAUAUUUUAGCUUAACACACCAGUAGCCAUAUCGACUGGCCUUCAUUUAUUUCUUGCUGAUAUCAAACUGUGGCCAAAAAGGAAAGGGGAUUGAGUUUGGAAGAAACUUGUAAAUGUUUCUGAAAGACAAGUGAUGAAGUGGGUUGGUGAGAUUUGCUGGUUUGUUUUACAUGUUGGACUUGUCAAUUGGAAAAACAUGAUCACCUCAGUGAAGAUACUCUGGGAGCUGUCUCCUUAUCUCAAUAACCAAGUGUGAUGGUGGCUUAGUGCCCAUUGUUGUAGGAUGUUGCUUCACCAAUUCUGGGCAACAACAGCCCCACUUCAAUGCUUGGCAUAAUCAGUACCAGCUGAGUGGAGACAUGCUUGUGGUCCUUGUGUUGACCUCAGUGCCCCUGGGCCAGGUACUGCAAGAUCCACCAUAGUCCUCACUCCUCGAACACCAUCAAAAGGAAGUCAAGAGAGGACGUGUGACUGUCCCUGUGGUUGAAUAGUCCACUGCUGCUGUUUGUGCACCCUCUUGAAUGAUGAGUAGUUGACCCAUUCAGCACAGCAAGAUCCCAGAGUUCAUGGUGACUUUGCCAGGCAUCCUGGUAACAAGACCAGACAACAUUUCUCAUUAUUCUGCAGUAACUGUUGUUGAUGUGGUUCAGAUUUUUGGAUGAAUAAAUUACAUUUAUAUCUUUUA